AAUCCUCUGCGUCUGACGCUUUACUGGAGCUGUCUGAAUGCUCUGGCGGGAGACAUCACAGGUUGUAUUGUCAGUCGGUUGUGCCAAAUGACCUUUCUUUAACAUCUUUAUGUUAUUGUAGAUCCUUUCUUUUAAUUUGGGAGUAAUCCCCUGCUUUAACAGUAUAGUGCACGCUAUUGGACUUUUACAACACAACAGAAUUGCUAGUAAGCUAACAGAAGGCAGUGAAAUCGAGUCGUUAAGUGUUAUUUUUAUUUAAAACGUCAGUUGGGUAUUUGGGUUCCCUUCUAGAUUAAUCGGUCUUCCAUUUUUGGUGGUUUAUUUUCACCAUUUACGUUGCUUGAUAGUAUAGUUGAGCUAUGGCAAAAGUGCAAGUGCUAAAUGUAGCUGUCCUGGACAACCCAAGUCCAUUUGGUAACCCGUUUCAGUUUGAAAUAACGUUUGAGUGCAUGGAGGAUCUUCCUGAGGAUCUCGAAUGGAAGAUUAUUUACGUGGGAUCGGCAGAAAGUGAGGAAUAUGAUCAGACUCUUGAUUCUGUUCUGGUUGGCCCAGUACCUGCAGGGCGACACAUGUUUGUGUUUCAGGCGGAUGCUCCAAACCCUGCUCUAAUACCUGAAAGCGAUGCUGUGGGCGUUACUGUUGUUCUAAUCACAUGCACGUACAGAGGACAGGAGUUCAUACGCAUUGGCUACUAUGUUAACAAUGAAUAUACAGAUGCUGAGCUUCGGGAGAACCCUCCCCUUAAGCCUAACUAUGGACAGCUCCAGAGAAACAUCCUGGCUUCAAACCCACGUGUAACCAGAUUUCACAUCAACUGGGAAGGAUGUGCUGAGAAAAUGGAGGAUUCAGAGAACGUGGACCCCGCACCUAACGCCAUGCUUCCCCCAUCCUGCACCCCGGGUAAAGCACCUCCACUAGGCCUGGUGCCAGACAACUCCAUGGACUGUUUGUAGUGAUGCAAGCUCUUGUGAUUAAUCCUCACAUCUCAAGGCUCAUCCGUGAGCUCGGGUCAAUCUGGACAGUGUGGAGAAGAGGCGGGGUUAAUCAAAUACAUCAGUUAUUGGAAAAAAAAGGUUAUUCCUAAUUUUGUCACACCUAUUGAAAACAAAUCAGUGGUGUGGAGAGUAUGGCAGAUCUAAUAUCUGGCAUGCAAUGUAAAUAUUUGCUUUUCAGUUAAGAACAUGAAUGGAGUGAGAGCUGGCGAGUCAAGUCACAAACACAUGAUUUAAGUAUUAGGAUGCGCUUCUAAUGCCGCAGCUCUCGUGACACGUCAACCUUUUGAUCCAAAACCAAUCUAUUCUCAAACCUAAAGGGAAUGGAAGAUCAGCUCAGUAUUUAAGAUGUAAAAUGUGUAAUUGACUAAACAGCAAUACAGGUUUAAACUACAAAUGGUUGGCAGCUUGUCUGGACAUUAUUUUUGUAUUUGGGACUGUAUUAUAUUGUAUAUAUAUAUAUAUAUGUAUGUCUCUUUGUAUGCCAGUUCUCGUUGAAAUAAAUGUUUUGUCACAUGAUAAUGGUCAUUGAAGUUGUGCUAUUAUUUGUGGGGUAAAUCUGUGAUCUGCAGAGUGGAUGCAGCUGUGCAGUCUUUUCAUUCAUAAAACUGUUGUGAUGCAUUAUGCAGGAGUUCACCUCCUGCACCAUGUUUGGAGUGACAGAAGCCGCUUGCUUGCUGUUGCUAAGCAACGUGGACUGUUGCUGCAUCUGUGACAAGACCUCAAAGCAACUGCCGCUUUCUUGCUUCAUUUGAUCGUAUCGGUGUUUAAUUUUAGCAUCCUCGUGUGCCUUUCUCGCGUCUUUAUUUGAUUGCAAAAUGGAGUUGCCUUUCAAAACUAAACAAAGCAUGCAACAUGCUCAAACGUUUGCGAGACAAAAAACUGAAACUAGUUUUGUUUCCUGCAAGAUACAUCUGUUGCGAUGCGAAUGAACCACUAAACCCAACUCAGUUGUCAAACGCAAUGCAUAUGUAAUACCCAUUUAUGCCACACAUUAAAGAACCUGCAAUUUAACUGUCUUGGCUUACAAUAAUUUAUUGCAGAUCUACAGAUAGUGGUAAAACCUCAAGCAUAAACAGGGUUUUUGGUAGUGGGCUAACAACAGG